GCCUCUCCUUUCACGCACGCGCGACAGCCCAGUUUUAGUCAGCGACCUGCACCUCUUACUCUUCGGGGAACGCAGUUGUUCACACUCUGGUUGCAGGAUGGCUUUGAAAUUGGCUUACUGGGAUAUACGCGGGCUUGCUCAACCAAUCCGUCUGCUGUUGGAAUACACUGGUUCCGAGUAUGAGGAGAAAUUCUAUUCCUGUGGUGAAGGUCCCAACUAUGACAAAAGCUGUUGGUUUGAUGAGAAGAACAAAAUCGGAAUGGAUUUUCCCAAUUUGCCAUACCUAGUGGAUGGAGACAAGAAGAUAGUACAGAGCAAUGCCAUCAUGAGAUACAUUGCCCGCAAACACAACCUCUGUGGAGAAACUGAAGAGGAGCAGGUGAGGGUUGACAUCUUGGAAAAUCAGGCAAUGGAUUUCCGCAAUGGUUUUGUUCAGCUCUGCUAUGGAGACUUUGACAAAAACAAAACAUGUUACGCUAAGGCACUGCCAGGAACUCUAAAGCAGAUGUCUGACUUCCUUGGUGGCAGGAAGUGGUUUGCCGGAGACAAGAUUACAUUUGUGGACUUUGUUAUGUACGAGUUGUUGGAUCAGCACCGUAUGUUUGAGCAGGAAUGCUUGGAUGACUUUAAAAACCUAAGAUGUUUUCUGGAUCACUUUGAGAGUCUUGAGAAGAUUGCCUCAUACAUGAAGUCGAGCAAAUUCAUGAAAACACCUGUUAACAACAAGAUGGCUAAAUGGGGACACAAGAAGGAGUGAAAAGGUUGUUGCCUAAAGCAUCAUAAGAUUAGACACCGCUUGGUCAAUGCAGUUAGAAGUGCACACACACUGUUAUUGUUUUUUGGUACUAGUUUUUUAAAACGCAAGUAAACAAUUUAAAGAUAAUAAGUUAUGUUUAUGUUCCAAAUUUUCAGUUGACAUUAUAAGCAUAGGCACUGUUUAUAAUAACAUUUCAGAAUAAUCAAGAAUUUUCAGUUGUUGCCUAUACAGUAAUACAGUGCAGUUGCAAAGCAUCAAUGUUUGAAGCACUUUUAAUUUGAUUCCACAGAAAGAAAUGUUUCACUAUUGGAUAGUCCAUAUUACAACUGUAAAAAAGCAAAACCUUAUUUUGACCAAAUAAAGCAGAUAACUGUUUUAAAGCAGAAAA